AUACGACUGGUGCUGAGACUGUCAAGUUAGCAACGGGAACCGAUCAAAAAGCACAGCUGUCUAUUCCUUCAUCACCAUAGCUGGUCCUCCUUAAAGUCUUAUCCUCCAGAACAUAUAUCCAACAUCCAUCCAUCCAGUGAUGUCUUCUAUCGUUGUCUUGAUUGGUGGUGGCCAUGCUGCCGGUAAACUCACCACUGCCAAGCUCUUGAAGCAGGAGAUCGAGUCUUCCAUGGCCCACGAGCCUGCAGUUGAGUUGAUUGACCUUCGCUCCUACGAAAUAAAGGUGCAAGACAAUGCUGAUGUGUUGAAUUCCAAGGCCAGUGCCAUCACCGUGAACAAAAAUGGCUCCAGCGCUCCAGCCUUGAAGCCCUCGAGGUUCCAAUUCUCCAAGUUGAAGCAGUACCUCGCAGAACAGAAGACCACACCAGAAAACAACAUCCAAAAGGUGUUUAUCGUCCAUGGUCUCUAUGCAUUGUACGAUAAAGAAUUGAGGGACAUGAGCCACAUGAAAGUAUUCAUAGACAGUGAUGCGGACACACGGUUGAUCCGCUGGAUCAGAAGAGACAUCACCAACAAUAAAGAGCCUGCCACCUUGGAAUACGUCAUUAAUUCCUACUUACAAGGUGCGAGAACGGAAAUGAGCGACUACAUUUUCCCUACCAAAGAAUUUGCCGACGUGAUUAUGCCCAGAGGGGCCGAGGCCAAUGCUGUCAAGUUGAUUUUUGAUGGUAUCUUGCUCAACUUGGAAGAUAAGAGCUUAGUUAGCACCGAGAGGGUGCGUGGAAACUUGAGGCCCACGGGACACUUUGAUAUGGAGAAGUUUGAUGACCAAAAGAACAAGUUCUACACCUUGAACUAAAUCUUUGAUGAAAUAACAUGUUCUAGCGUUUGGACACAACAUUACCUCUUAGAUUAUCAGAAAACUAGUUCAAUACCCUGGACUAAAUGCAUCACGUCUCUAGAAAAUUCCGACAAAGUACUACCUUGAGAUCUAAAAUAAAUUUGUAGACAACGAAUGAGGCACUAUCAAGCUGAAGUUGGCCGUGGCUAUAGAUAUUGCGUGUUAAAUGUUACACUUUACAUUACUUCGGAAUAUAUCC